GAAAAGUCUUGACUAUAAGUACUUGCUUUGCAGGCUCCGGCUGCGGCGCAAGAUAUCCGGCGUGUGAUUUUCUAUGCCAAUUUUCAUUGUAUGAACUCAACUAUCAAAAAAUAUGAAUUCCCGCAGUCCACCUUGAAGAACGAAUCCGGGAGCUCGCACUCGCGAUUCACGAAUUUGGAGAACUCAUAAGAAGCAGUAAACAUCAAUAAAAUACGCGCACGCUAUCUAGCGUUCUUACACAGGACCUGAAUCUUCUUGUCAAAAAUCAAGGAAACGAUACUAAGCCCACGCUGGCUCCUCUUGCUACACAGUGCGGCGCCAGAAGUCUCUUGGUCUUCUUAUUUUCGAGAAAAUAGAAAUACGAUUGAACUCAGGAAUCAGACAUACGAAAUCGCCCGUGCUUGCUUUUCACAUUAAAGGCUUGCACAGGAUGUCGUUGUCCUUCGGUCUCCCGCGGGACUCACGGUCGCCCUCUGCCGCUCUGCGGUUCACCACGGUCCGCUCCGUCGUCACCGUGAUGAUGUGUGUCAUGAUCCAGCAAGGCCACGUGGACGCAAAGCUGCUGAAGGUAAAGACCAAGCUGAAGUCCUCGACGACGUCGGAGACUCUCAGGACUCUCGUCAAUGCGGCCUCCGACGGCGCCCAGUUCGUGGGUUGGAACUACUGGACCAACAAGAAAGUCCCAUUGGGUUGCGCGUGUCUGUAUGGCACUCUCCAGUAUGGAUGCGGGGUUCCCGCCUGGCCGGCGUGCUUGGCUGCCGGCGUCAGCGCGACCGGUGCGAAGAUGGUACAUGAUGUUAUUGCACGGUGUGCAUCUUCUUAGUACUCACAUGAAAUAGGAAAGUAGAUGAGUGACGAAGGAAGUAUGAGAGGAUCUUCGCUAUGUUCACAUCGCGGAACAAACAUUAGCUGUGCAUCAACUGCUCGCAAAGCUGGCCGCCACUGUGUAGAACGAGACCAAGCACGACGAUGUAGUUGUAGCAAGAUCGGUAUAGAUUCAUAUGUUUACUGGGUGCAACAACCGACCAAACACACGCACAAUGUCGCAACGAUACUAUAUCAGUGCGGCUGACUUACGGUCCUGCGGAACUGGACAUGAUGAUCGUUGCUGUAAAUAUCAUAGGGCUCCUUCUUGCGCUCUAGUGAAAAACAAUUGUCCGCAAAAGUGGUCGUGAGUCUGCGAAGCCUUUUUAUUCAACCUGGUGAAAGACGUUGCGGUUCGCUUGUAUAUGUAUUGUUGGAGAAGCAUGAGUAGAGUCAGACAUACGUAGUCGUAGACGAACUACGACGACGUCGACACACAGACACUAGGGCCAACGGCACGAGUGUCGCUCCGAUAGCGCUUUCUUGCGCACGUAGUGGCUUUUUCAGUGUCACAAACUAUAAAACCAAUUCAGGCGACCGAGCAUUGCAUCAGACCGGGUUCGGAGGUCAGGUGCACUUUCGUUAACAGGUAUCCCUGUCUGAAAGGCCACCCCAAAUUCUUGUGCCAACUACCAAUGCAGCUGCAGCAGGGUCACAGAUGAGUGAGUGAUACAUUGCUGAGGUUUUUCAUCGAAGUCGCAGGCGUUUUUUUUCUGUUGUCGUGGUCGACCUGCUGGUAUUGGUAAAGAGGUGCCCAGCUCUCUACGUCAUCAGUGUUGAUGCUCCAUUCUUUCUGUUCGACCUGAACAAUAAGUUCGGUUCUUUGGCAAAAAAAUCGCUGAAGCUCAGCAGACAAAUUAGCACUGGAACUCGAACUUCAGGACGAAGCGUGAAUGUAUAAGUAGCUGAGAAUCAGCGUCAGGCGAUCUUCUAGGUCACGUGUCAAGGCGUUUCCGCUUAUCGACAUCGACAUUUCGCUGGAUAAUUCCAAUUUGAGAAUGCACAUGCUAAAUCUACAGGGUGGGUCUUUUCGUUUUCAUACCAUUAAGCAACGGGGCCAGCACUUGUCGGUACGUGCGGAGAACGAGGACGAUCGGCGAAGCGGGUCCUUGCGAGUUGGAAGCAGCACUGGCGUGAGUGCCGAGAUGGGCUGGGACGCAACGGGUAAGUUUUUCGCUGGAGUCACCCCGUUGACUGGAGGGGAACCCGGGUAUGCUCCGGAGCAGCAGGACAUGGGAGGAGCCGGUGAACAAGAGCAGUCGCGUCGGUCGAGGUCCCCGCCUGGUGUGGACCUACAAUUUCGCCCGGGAGCGAAGAAACCCCGGAGUGGGUCGCCGAGCCCGCGGAUUCAUUCGAGUGCGGAGUAUAGCUCGUCCGGGAACCAUGAAGAUGAUGGACCGAAAAUUGAGGAAGUGCCGGAUUCCGACGAAGAGCUUCCCCGAAGCACGGAUCAUCAGGGUUAUCAGGAGCAGCCAGGUGUCGCUGGUUCCUACCCUGUGACCACGGAGCACCCGGCGUACCUUAAUGCUAAUGGUGUUCCGACGGGCCAGCCGUAUCCGGACAAGGAAACCGGUAGUCCGGGAUCCUCGAACGCCGAUAUUUUCGGCGGGGCCGGUGGCUUCCUCGGGCGGGUCGGGGGCGCGGCUACCGCGGCUGCUUCCGCGCCGGUGGAUCCGGCAGGGUGGCCGCACGACGCUGAAGCGGCUGCUGGAGCUGGAAUGAGCGUCGACGCAUAG